CUGGCUCAGCCCGCACACACGCUCACACCCGGCUCGACAUGGCGGCGGCGGCGGCGGCAGCGGCGGGGGACUCCGACUCCUGGGACGCGGACACGUUCUCCGUGGAAGACCCGGUGCGGAAGGUGGGGGGCGGCGGCACCGCCGGAGGGGACCGCUGGGAAGGCGAGGAUGAGGACGAGGACGUCAAGGAUAAUUGGGAUGAUGAGGAGGAGGAGAAAAAAGAGGAAGCAGAAGUCAAACCAGAAGUAAAAAUUUCAGAAAAGAAAAAAAUAACAGAGAAGAUAAAAGAGAAAGAACGGCAACAAAAGAAAAGACAAGAAGAAAUUAAAAAGAGGUUAGAAGAACCUGAAGAAACUAAAGUGCUAACACCAGAAGAACAAUUAGCAGAUAAACUGCGGCUAAAGAAAUUACAGGAAGAAGCAGACCUUGAAUUAGCAAAAGAAACUUUUGGUGUUACUAAUACAGUUUUUGGAAUAGAUGCUAUGAACCCAUCUUCAAGAGAUGACUUCACAGAGUUUGGAAAGUUACUAAAAGAUAAAAUUACACAAUAUGAAAAGUCACUAUAUUAUGCCAGUUUUUUGGAAGCCUUAGUUCGAGAUGUGUGUAUUUCAUUGGAAAUUGAUGACUUGAAAAAGAUUACCAAUUCAUUGACUGUGCUUUGUAGUGAGAAACAGAAGCAAGAAAAGCAAAGCAAAGCCAAAAAGAAGAAGAAAGGUGUGGUUCCUGGAGGGGGAUUAAAGGCCACCAUGAAAGACGAUCUGGCAGAUUAUGGUGGUUAUGAUGGAGGAUAUGUACAAGACUAUGAAGAUUUCAUGUGACAUUUUAUCUUCUCUGGUGUCUUCUUUCUGUUGCCCACAAUCCCUUCAACAUGUAGCACAACUUCCUUUCCUUUCAGUUCUGCCAAAUGCUACAAUCAGAAGUGCAGUAUCUUUUGUGCUGGUUAUUUAACCCCUUGACACUUAGGUGCUAAUGUGCAAAUGAGGGAACUUGGAUCUUGCUGCCAAGGGGUUAAAAUUGGGAAACUCAGUUGCUACUAAAUCAUAGUUUUAAAAAACACAUAAACCUAAUAAUGUUGUCAUUGUUGCUAUCUGAUUCUAUAGCAGCAGUCACUAAAUUGGAAACAAAGGUUGCAACAUGACAAAAAAUUGUGUAGUAUUGACCAGCACCGUUCAGUAAUACAGCCUUAACCAUACCUCCUUGAACUACUUCAUAACUUGUCAAGAAAAGCAGUUUGCAGCGAGGGCAUGUGGUGUGCACCUAGUAUUAAAAUUGCUUUGUCUUAAAAUUGAGCGUGAGGAUAUUAAACAUACAUUGUGAAGAAGAUUGCUUAUGUCAGAGUGAAGAUACAGCAGCUGAAAAGCACUAGUUUGAUACUUAAAAAUUAAAUGACCAAAACCCUCCAACAUUGAAGCUGAAGAAGGUAAACCUCUCCGUUAUUGCAUUACAAGUUGUGGAAUCUCUUGAAUGCAGACUGUCUAGUUUAUCAGACUAUUCUACUGAUGAAGUGCUUCAGAUGGGGGAGGGAAACCCUACCUGUUUUAUUUGCCUGAUUGAAGUGUCUGAGAAACAAAUCUUUGUUCUCCUGCGCUGCAAUGGAACAACUUUAAACAGGGUUUUGGCAUUUCCUUUCCUUUAUAAAACAUGCUCAGCAAGCUGCACCAGUUAACUACAGUUUGGUAAAUUGUUAUGUUAACAAUUAUGACAUCUGCAAUGUUUUAUAAAGCAACUAAUUUAAUAAAAUCACUAUUGUGAGGACUUAAAUUUUGUGUUAUCUCCCAAGAGAUAUUUUUGGAGAAUAUAGAGCACAGCUCUUGGGACUAGAGUUCUCUAUAUACUUAACAAAGCUUAAAAUAAAUGCUUGAUGAGUAGAUGAUA